AUGAGUGAUGCUGGAGGCGGUGGCGCGCGGCCAACGGCCUGUCAAGAGACAGUGGAGCGCAUGCUAGACGGACUGGCGGUCCUCGGCAGAGCCUUCCGCGGGGCCUUCCAGAGCGUCUCGGGCUGCGUGCGGAGGGUCUCGUAUCCUUUGAAGGAGUUCAUUGUGGUGAAGUACGACGAGUGCGCCGGCAGGUGGACCACCCACGGAACAAGGACACAACGCAUGCGCGAGAAUGUGGCGUGCUUUGAUGCUGUCGAGGACAGCGAGAGGGAGACGUCCGAAAGCAGCGACACUUCGACAGACUCGUAA